AUGCCUCUGAUACCUGUUGGUCCAGGAACGUCAGGUACAAGUGUCACUAAAGUCUCAGGCGAUUAUUCUUUCCAUGAUCAUGUGAAACAUCGACCGAACGAUACCAACAAACAAUAUUUGGACGACAUUUGCGUUCCCAAAAACAUUGUAAGUUGUAAAUUCUUAUUUCUUAUGUGUUUAGUUUACUUCGUCGGGAAAAUGUGUGACAAACUACAUGUGUAAAGCAUGUGGAAGAGAGUUUCUGCAUCCAUCCAAGCUGAAGGAACACUAUCGAACUCAUUCUGGAGAGAGACCUUUCAAAUGCGAUUUCUGUGACAGUUCUUAUGCGCAGAAGAAUGCUUUAACGGUAUGUUGUACAUCAUUUUACGGUUAUUUUGUUAUUUUCAUAUUUUUCCAUUUAUUUUUUUAUCUUUGAGCCUAAAGAACUUCUAUUAUAAAGGACCAGCAAUCUCUAUUUAUUGUAUUUUUAGACGCAUCUUCGAACACACACGAAUAGCCGACCUUAUUCAUGUAGGUUUUGUACUUCAAAGUUUGACACAUCUUCGCAUCGUACUCGUCACGAAAAGUCGGUUCAUUAUGACUUGUUUACGUCUGCUGGCGAAAACGGGGUUUAUGAUACUCCACCUGUUUUAUCACCUCAACAAAGCGACGGUGGCGAAGAGUACGAAGAAAUAAAUGUGAUUUCUGAUAAAGCAGAUGAACCUGGGUGUUCAAGACAGUUACCAGAAGAUGGGGAUGGCAUCAAAAUGCGUGUCAGGACAAUGGAAGGGAAUUUGAAUGCUGUAGAUGAAUAUCAAGAAGUUGUGUUUGCUAAUGAGUUACCACCAGCUAUAGGAAGAAGGCGAAGGGCUGAUGAAUAUAAGGUAAAAACUUAACUUGAUGUUAAUCUUCGUAUAUUCCAAUUCUUAAAGUUAUUUUCUUUGGUAUCUUCUCUUCACUAUCGGUUAACCUUUUCAUAUUUUUGCAGCAAGUGGUGGUUGACAGUAGAAUUUACGAUAUGGCAGCUCCAAGAAUAAAGAAUGUUCGAAAACCAACGACACCAAUACGACCAAAACGACAACUUGCUGAAGGUGUAAGAGAUCAGACUAUCGAUAUGAUAGUUAAUGCUGUGGCCAAAGGAGUUGAUCCUCAGAACGUGUUUAGUCGAGCAAAACGACCAGCCACAGUCAAAGAAUGUGAAUAUUGCGGAAAGAAGUUGAAGUACCCUUCUCGGAUAAUCGUAUGUUGUCAUUUGUAGGAUUAGUUUUAGAAUUGAUAUUAUAUAUGUAUUCUUUAUCAUUUAAAAGUUUAACAAUUGACUAUCCCAGGAGCACAUGCGAACUCAUACAAAAGAAAAACCUUUCAUUUGCCCGAUUUGCCAAACUGGAUUUGCUCAACAAACAACCCUUCGGAUGCAUCUGAGACGUCACAUGGAUACCCGGCUGUUCGUAUGUCCUAUGGAGAAUUGUGGCGCCAACUUUAUCAACGGCGCCCUGCUGAAUCUUCAUGUGAAGGAGACUCACCAACACAAACGAAGAUUCUGUUGCCUUAAUGGUUGUGGGAAGGUAUUCAGGAGCAAUUCAGCCAGAUCCAAACAUGAACUGGAAGACUGCGAAAUGGUACAACGAGUGAUGGAAGAACAUCACACUAUCGACCAGGAUGAAACUCUAAAUUACGACCAAAACUCGUUGAUUCAAGAUCAACAACAGUAUUCUGAAGACGACCCAGGAAUCGUGCAAGUGGAAGAUAACACGGACAAUCAGACCGAGUACAUCAUAGAGGAGUGGAAGGAAGACGAACAUGGCAAUGUCAUUUACGAAGACGACCCUCAAUAUGAAGAUAACUACUACUACGAAGAAGUGACAGGUGGGCAGUUGGGUGAUGGCUUCGAUUAUCCGGAAGAGUUGGACGUUGAAACGGACUUUGAACCAGAUGUAGAACAUUAG